AUGUCACGAAUAUCUGGAGUUAAGGCGCAGCCAGGAGACCUGAUAGAGAUCUUCCGUGGCUCCUACCAGCACUGGGCUGUUUAUAUUGGCGAUGGAUUGGUUAUCCAUUUGGCACCGACUUCGGAGAACCCAGGGGCUGGAGCCUACAGCAUGAUGUCCAUCGUUUGCGAUAGAGCCCUGGUGGCGCGGGCUGGGUUCUGGGAUGUAGUGGGGACCGACGAGUGGAGGAUCAACAACAUCCUGGAUGACCAGUGUGAGCCCCGGCGUGCCGACCUGGUGGUGCAGGAGGCCCGUCGCUUGGUGGGCACCGAGCUGCCCUACAGUGUCUUCCAGAGCAACUGCGAGCACUUUGCUACCGAACUGCGCUACGGCAAGGCCCAGUCUCGACAGGUGCGCAGGGCAGGCGAGGUUGUCAUCGCAGCGGGCGUGGGCACAGUGGUGGUCCUGGGUCUCGUGGCUCUGGCCGGGGCCAUCUUUGGAGGCGGGCGCAAAGAAAAUAAGGACACGCAGUGAUUGACAUCUGUUGAUCUGGAGGAGCUUGAUUACUACCAGCAGAACAUGAUUUACACAUUGAUUUUUUUCGAAUUCAGUGGGUGGAUUGUAAAGAAAAAAAAGAUUUUUUUAAUAAUGAAGGAUUUGUGCUUUCUGGCAUUAAGGUGCAAUAAUUUUCCAACUUUUACCUCUUAAUGUACGUUCACGACAAAAGCUGUAAAAGAUGCAAAAUCGCAGAAUAGCUCAAAACGCAACGCUGUCAAAAAUAUUUACAGCUCAUAUCGCUCUGGCGCGUAGGCCUAUAUUUACUCAGACCCACGCCGGCGAGAGACCUCUUUAUUCCGAUUGGCUGGCGGUCGUUACAGCCGAAAUGCUACUAGCUCAUUUGCAUAGAGUUGUGCUGUUUUCAACUCUCAUUUACAGCUUUACAGCUUUAAACCUAUCGCUCCUAUGGCUUUAGCGCUCAUGUCUAAUAGAAAGUGAAUGGGCGCUUAUCGCUAAAAUCGCUUUACAGCUUUUGGUGUUAUUGUACAGUUAGUACACUAGCAGCACAACUAAGAAGGUGUUUCCAUUCUGCAUUUUGCAGAAGCCUGUGGAUCUCUGCCAAUAAUGAGGAUGCAUUAUCUUUAAUACAUGAGUAAGAUGGAUUUUUAACAGUUAACCUAAUGAAGGACUUUCAUUUGAGUGUUAUUAUUGUUAAUUUAAAAAAUAUCUAAAACUGGAUGCCAAAUGAUACCAUACUUUCCACUUUAUAAAAGGAAUAUAACCUGUUUUCAAUUUAUUUUAAAGGAGGCUGGUCAAUGUUUUUCUUGCUGCAGACUUCCCCAUGAAUCAAACAUAACAUGAUAAUAUGUAACUGUGGUGGGAAUGUUCACCACUCCAAACGUUUUUGCAUAAACUAUUUAAGACUAAAGAGUAAUCCGAAUUGAUAACAAUAAGGCUAAUUUAUUUGAGUAAUAAACAUACAAUUACAUUCAACAAACAUACAAUAAUCCGAGACCUCAGAUUGGAGUUUGCACUGCGUCUCUCUAAGAGCUUCUCAAGGAGAACUCCAAUGCACUGUCCAAAGCAAGGCCUUCCAAUUCAGUGGCAGACAGGGCCCAGGACGCUGAGAACAGCUCUGCUCUGCUCCCCAUUAAUCUAGCGUAUUGCUCAUGAUGUUUGAUGGAAUAAUCCACACGUUGUUUCCCCUCCAUCAUCCAAGCCCUGUCUCCUAUUCCUUGUACUGUCCAGCCAACCCGCCUGUUCCCAGUCUCUAACGUUAACCUCUGACCCUGGGGUAAACCGGUCACAAGGGAGCAGGGAUCCCCUGAUGCAUUCUGCUACUCGAUCUAAACAUAGGAAACUGACCUUUAGAUAAACAUUAUUGGAUUAGAGAUCAUUGACCAUUAGAAUUUGGGGAGACGUAGUGGUGACUCCUCAACUGGAUCCUUUUACCUUUGUCCGCCCCAAGGGGGUCAGAGAAAAGGCACACCCACCAAAUAGCAGUUAUAGAAACUGAAAGUGUCACUAUAACUUUCCUAUGAUGGCAUUUCCCCGUGGUUCUCCUCUGUGCUCCAGCCUGGGACUCACCGUAGGAGCAGCAGCUCCAGAGGCCCACCCACUCGUUCACCUCGCAACUUGGCAGCCGUAACGGCAGCACACUGCAGCUGUACUGGGGGAGAGUGGUACCGUGUUUACUCAAUGUUUCUCCACACUUGUUAGAUUUGUAUAGCGUAUAGAUAAUAAUUACAUAUUAUCCAAUAGUAGAUUACUCCCAUACAAUCUAUUUAAAGGGAGGCUGGCCCAGUGUUUUUCUUACUGCAGACUUCCCCAUGAAACAACCAUAAUAUGAUAAUAUGUUACUCCUGCACAAGUAUUGGAAACAAGUUUCCUAUGAAAACUUUUAUCUUACUAAUGGUCUACUAGAGUCAUUCAACUGUAAGACUUGUGGUAAAAUUUGACAAGUUUGUUCUUUCUUACACUUAAAAGAAAAACGUUGUUUAUAUCAAUAAAGAUUGAUGUGAAAAUUG